GUGGGGAGAGAUAGAUUUGGUAUGAUCUUUCCAGUACAAUCUUAGGGUUGCGGAUAAAUAUAAGGUUUCCAGCUAUUUUCUUUCCCUUCCACUCGUUUUGCUACAGCAAUGUGCAAGGUACACUAUGAAAUUUGCAGGAAAUCUGGAAAAUAUCUAUGUGUAGCAGAGAAUGGCAGGAUUUAGAGGUUAACGAAAACAGUGUAUGGUUUCGGAUUCUCUAUUUAAUGGAGUCCUCCAAAUCGAUAAAUGUCAACUUGUUUUAUAGAAAGAGAACGAAGACUGUUAAAGCGAGAGUGUUGCAUAAAGUAGUCUCCUUUUACAGUAGUCGUUAUCCUUCCAAUUUAGAUAAGUGGUUCAUAAUGGGCCAGUUAGUAAACUGGUUGUUGGUGUGUGGAAUUGUUGGUGUGUGGAAACAAGUUGGAAUUCGUGGUUGGCUGUUCCUGGAAGAUCCGACGGAGCGAAGAUACGACGUCGUGGUUCACGAGAACCAGACUUACGCAUCUCUGAUGGAUCUUGUGCGAACACGAUACAGUGUAGGAACAGAAACCGCAGUGUGCCUGACUUUUGAGUUUCCGGAGUGGAUGAGGAUCCCCGCAGAUGUGGCAUGGCCACCGGUGGAUGUCAGGGAGGAUGGAGAUGUGGAUCUAUUCAUGUCGGUGAGACUUGAAAUCCAAGAUUUGAAGCUAAUGGUGACUAUAGGCAACAAUGUAGUUGCACGUUAUCUUUUCCAGAGGAGGGAUAACUAUACAAUUAUCGGGAGUUCAAGUGGAAACUUAGAUGUUAAUGUGAACCCUUUAUGUGGUAUCUCUGAUGUUAGUCAUCUACCACUGAGGGGUGUGAAUGAAUAUCGUGGUGGUUUAACGGAUGGUGCUGCGUAUUGGGAAAGUAUUCUUGGCCAGGGGGAAAUGACAACUGGUCAGCAGUCUCUCCUAGGCGUGUGCACGGAUGAUGACAAUACCACACAACUGAGAAGCCCUCGGUUAACCCAAGGGAAGCCUCCAUUUGCUAAUGCUAUGGAGACAGCGAGGGAACAGAAUCAUCAACAGACUCCUCAGCUGCUCCACUGAAUGCAUUCCCCCCGAUCGCUGGUUCUGGAGUGAUAAGAUUGAAGGAGGGCAUUCAUCAGCCUGUUGCCAAUCCGAGUUUGGCCCUGACAAUAGUUGGACAGCAAAAAAGGCCUCCGUCUAUACUUGAUUACAUUACCAAGGGUAAAGGAAAAGUGUCGGAGGUGGGUGUUGUUGAUAAGACACAAGUGAGCGCUUCCGGUGGUUCACUCUCUCCUAGUAGGAACCCAAACUUUGCAGAUCCAUUACCCUAUGAUGACUCCGCUGAUGAAGAUACCGCUGCUGAAGGAAAUCAACAUUUGUUUGUCAGGCAAGUCUUCAUGGAUCGAACUGCUUUCAAGACACACAUGUCGCUGUAUGCGUUGGCCAAAAAGUUCCCCUUUGUCUGUCGUCGAUCAGAACCUGGAAAAAUGGUGCUAGCGUGUAAGGGCACCAACUGCAAGUGGAGAGUGUACGCAAGUAAGCUGGCCGGGUGUCCAACGUUCCAGAUUAAGCGUGUGGAUGAGGAGCAUAACUGUACUGUAGACGAGCGCGGUGACUUCAAGAGGCAUGCGACAUCUAAUCUGAUAGGUGAGAUGGUCCGGAACAAGUAUGCUGGUGUUGGCGUUGGUCCUAAGCCAUGAACCCUUAGGGAGUUCAUGCGCACUGAUCACCAUGUUCCCAUAACAUACUGGAAGGCUUGGAAAUCUAGGGAAGUUGCAAUUGAGAAAGGCUUUGGUAACACUAAGGACGCCCACAAGAUGCUUCUUUCUUAUCUGGAGCAGUUGGCUCUCGCUAAUCCUGGUUCUGUCGUGGCUAUAGAAACAACACGUGAUGCUGGAGACGUCCAACGUUUCAAAUAUCUCUUCAUCUCACUUGCCGCUUCUGUUAAGGGUUAUAGCUACAUGAGAAAGGUGAUUGUAGUAGACGGCACUCACCUUAAAGGGAAGUAUGUUGGCUGCUUACUCACUGCUAGUGCGCAAGACGGAAAUUACCAAAUUUUCUCUAUUGCCUUUGUUGUGGUUGAUGGAGAAAACGACAGCUCCUGGACUUGGUUCUUCCAAAAGAUUUUGGAGGUCGUGGAGGAUGGGUAUGAUCUGGUCUUUGUCUCCGACAGGCACAAGUCCAUCUACGCUGCUCUUCUGAAGAUGUACCCCCGAGCCAAGCAUUUUGCUUGUCUUCUCCAUCUGCAGCGGAACAUCGUCACUAUGUUCAAGAAGAAGCACCUAGCUUACUUGGUCUCGAAGGCAGCUAGGGCCUACCGUGUCUCUGAUUUCUACAGGCACUUCAAUGAGAUAAAGAUGAUCGACAUUAACUGUGCUGAUUAUCUAGUCAGGGUUGGUUUCGAACAUUGGACUCGGUCCCACUGUCAUGGCUUGCGUUACAAUAUUAUGACCAGUAACAUAGCCGAGUCACUCAAUGCCGCUUUGGCGGAAGCAAGGGGAUAUCCAAUAGUUGUGCUGCUUGAUUACAUUAGGUCUAUGCUGAUGAGGUGGUUGUCAGGAAGGCGUGAGGCAUCAGCUGGGUGCAGCGGUGUUGUGACGCCAAAGGUAGAAGAGCUGAUGUCCAAGAAUUUCAGUGUUUCAACGGGGUUGCUUGUCCGUCACAUCAAUGGGGGUGAGUUUGAGGUUCGUGGCAUGGAUGGACACCCUUUCAGGGUUGACCUUGAUAAGAAGGUUUGUAGCUGCCUAGAGUUUGAUAUACUCUUGAUCCCCUGUGAGCAUGCUGUCGCUGCUGCGAUGCACUCAAAGCGCAGGAUAGAUGCUCUCGUUGGUGAGAAGUUCACGCGCAACACUUGGGCAGCUGCUUACUCCAUGAGCAUCAAUCCCACCAGUGAUUAUAUGACUCCAGCUGCUGAGGCUGACACUCUUGGUGCGCUGAACCUUGCACCGUCAAAUACAAGACGCCCACCAGGGAGGCCUAAGAAGACAAGGAUCUUCUCGCGUGGUGAAUUCAAAAGUGGUCUCCGUUGGCGUCGCCCAAGUACUUGUAGGAGGUGCGGUGGAGCGGAUCACAACUGUGCCACCUGUAAAAUGCCAAUAUGAGAAGGUGUAAGGUUAUUAG